GCAGGAAGUCGCGCAGUGUUUGUGUUGUUUUCAUCAUCAGUAAAACUUCUAUAAAGAGCCGUUAAGUUGUUCCGGGCCGGACAUGGCUACCUUUAUUUCGGUACCGUUAAAGAAGAGCUCCGAGGUGGAUUUAGUGAAGCCGCUGUCGAAGUUUAUAAGUUCAACGUAUCCGCAGGGAGAGGAGCAGAGCGAGUACGUGCGGGCGGUGGAGGAGCUGAAUAAACUGAGGAAGAGUGCGGUGGGGAGGCCGCUCGAUAAACACGAGAGCUCGCUGGAAGUCCUGCUGCGGUACUAUGAUCAGCUGUGUUCAGUCGAGCGCAAAUUUCCUUUUCCAGAGCUGUGUCUAACAUUCACAUGGAAAGAUGCAUUUGAUAAAGGGUCGCUGUUUGGAGGCUCAGUCAAGCUUGCCUUGGCAAGUGUGGGCUAUGAAAAAACAUGCGUGUUGUUUAACAUUGGGGCACUGGCCAGUCAGAUUGCCUCAGAGCAGAACCUGGACAAUGAUGAAGGACUGAAGACAGCUGCCAAGUUCUAUCAGCUGGCAAGUGGGGCAUUUGCACACAUAAAGGAUACAGUUCUGUCUGCUCUGAAUCGGGAGCCUACCAUGGAUAUCUCUCCAGAGACAGUGGGCACUCUCAGCCAGAUCAUGCUCAGCCAGGCACAGGAGGUCUUUGUCCUCAAAGCCACUGCAGACAAAAUGAAGGACGGCAUCAUUGCUAAGUUAGCCAAUCAGGAUGCAGAUUUCUUUGGUGAUGCUUUCAAGCAGUGCCAGUACAAAGAAAACCUGCCCAAGGAAGUGCUUCCAGUUUUGGCAGCUAAGCACUGCAUGAUGCAAGCCACUGCAGAGCUCCAUCAGUCAGUGCUGGCUAAUCAGAAGAAACGGUUUGGAGAGGAGAUCGCCCGUCUUCAGCAUGCUACAGAGCUGGUGAAGACUGUGGCGUCCCGCUAUGAUGAAUACGUAAACGUCAAGGAACUCUCUGAUAAGAUCAGCCGGGCUCUCACAGCUGCUAAGAAAGACAAUGACUUUAUUUACCAUGAUCGUGUACCUGAGAUCAAAGACUUGGAGCCCAUUGGCAAGGCAACGCUCGUCAAAGCAACUGCCAUUCAAAUACCACUGAGCCAGAAGUUUACAGACCUUUUCGAGAAGAUGGUACCUAUGUUGGUGCAGCAGUCCUUAGGUAUUGCCAACUCUAGAAGGGCUGACACAGUCAACAGACUUGUAGGCAGUAUGAGGGAGGCAACCAAUCUCUGUAAUGGAGUGCUGGCCUCUUUGAACCUGCCAGCUGCAAUAGAGGAUCUUUCUGGAGACUCUGUCCCCCAGUCUAUCCUGGAGAAGAGUCGUGCUGUGAUCCAGCAGGGAGGGCUUCAGAGCAUUGAACAGCUUAUCAAGGACCUACCUGAACUGCUGCAGAGAAAUCGGGAAAUACUGGACGAGUCUCUAAAGAUGUUGGAUGAUGAGGAAACAACAGACAAUGAACUUCGUGCUAAAUUCAGCCAGCGGUGGAACAGAACUCCAUCUGGAGACCUUUACAAACCCCUCAGAGCUGAGGGUGGAAAUUUCCGUAACAUUUUGGAUAAGGCUGUGCAGGCUGACCAAGUAGUAAAAGAGCGCUAUAACACUCACUGUGACAUGAUUGCCCUACUCUGCAAACCAGAGAAUGAGCUAUGCUCUGCUAUUCCUUCAGCCAACCCUGCUAAGACUCUCCAGGGCAGCGAGGUGGUAAAUGUAUUGAAGGCUCAGUUGACUCAGCUGGAUGAAAUCAAACGGGAACGUGAGCUUCUAGAAGGAGAGAUAAAGUCAGUGACCUUUGACAUGACGUCAAAGUUCCUCACCGCUCUGGCUCAGGAUGGAGCCAUUAAUGAGGAAGGUCUUUCCACUGCAGAACUGGAUACUCAUUAUGGUGCGCAAACACAGCGUGUUCAGCAAAACCUCCGUGCUCAGGAGGACCUGCUUGCCAAAGUACAGACAUCCCAUCAGGAGUUUGCAGCACUCAAGCAAUCAAAUGCUGAGGCCAACCACAGAGAGGAGGUGUUGAAGAAACUGGCAUCAGCUCACGAUAGCUACAUUGAGAUCAGUUCCAACAUUAGAGAGGGCACAAAGUUCUACAAUGAUUUAACUGAGAUUCUUCUGAAGUUCCAGAAUAAGUGCAGUGACAUUGUUUUUGCUCGUAAGACUGAGAGAGAUGAGCUGCUUAAGGAGCUGCAGCAGAGUAUUGCCCGUGAACCCAGUGCACCUUCUUUUAACGUCCCAGCAUACCAGUCCAACACUUUAAUGCCUGCAGCAGGAGGGCCAACCCCUGCACCCAGGACUGUCUUUCCCAUACAGCCUCAGGCUAAACCCCAGCCUCCAGCAAGACCACCUCCACCCAACUUGAGCACACAGGCUGCCAACACAGUGCCGGAUAGCCAAGCCCCGCCUCCAGCCAGCUCUAAUCCCCCACCAAUGGCACCACCCACCGCUCCCUCACAGGCUCAGGGACCACCAUACCCAACUUACCAGGGCUAUCCAGGGUAUUUUCAGAUGCCCAUGGCGUAUAACCCUUAUGGAUAUGGCUACGGAAUGCAGUACAUGCCCUAUCAGGCUCAAGGACAGGCUGGUUACCCUGGAGGUCCUCCUGUGCAGCAGCCAUACUCUUAUCCACAACAACCUCCCCAGCAACAGCCCUACUACCCCCAGCAGUAGGGAGCAUUUCCCCCUGCUACACUGCUUCAGCCAUGCUGCCCCCUUCAUACUAGCUCUCUUUUCUUUUUUUACUUAAUCUAAUAACACCACACUCCUCCUCACUGUCUGUAACACCUGACUUUCCGUGAGCAGAAAUUAGAACACUAGAAGGACUAAUGGGAUUCGUCCUGAUUUUCUGCACUUUUUUUCCUUAAAGCUCUGAGAGAUGCUGUGCUGAGUUUUAGAUCUCUCUCUGAUUAUCUUACUCUUACCCAAAGUGAAUUUGCUGGCUGGCUGCCUGCACUGCUUAUAUCUUAUUUUUAUAAUGAAUACAUAUUAGAAAUACUCUAAUGCAGGAGAUGAAGAUAAUCAAUAGAAAAAGAAUUUGACUGUAUUUGUACUUCUGUAUGUUCAUACUUCAAUCAGUGCUUUGGGAAUGGAUCGGUUUAACCAGCUAGUAAAUAACAUGAUGCAACUUUCACUUUAAAAUAACUUGGCAUUUUUGUUUGUCUUUUUCCAUACGUAAUUAAAAUCUGUCUGAUGCUAAA